CUGAAGCCAACCUGGAGGCCGCACGGCCCGCCUCCCCUCCAGCCUCGGCCAAUCACAUUGGGGCGCAGAAACGAACCGCCUGGCAACCGCGCCAAGGAGCGCUCUUAUUGGGCGACGCUCGUGGGGGCUGGGAGGGGGCGGUGCGCGACCGGGCGGAAGUGGGGCGUCGCUCCUCUGAUGGCGUGGCACGCGGCGACCGGGGCGGUUCCGUCGGUGUGCGACGGCGGCUGCAGCUCGGCCGGCUCGCGGACAUGGACUCCGCCGGCCAAGAUAUCAACUUGAACUCCCCUAACAGGGUGCUGCUCUCAGACUUUGGGCCGGAGCCUGCUGUCCCUGUGGGGGUCGCUGUACCUGCCAUUGUGCCUGGGCUGACGGAGGCUGAGGCUGAGGAGCUGCGUGCAGAGCUUGUCAAGGUGGAAGAAGAAAUUGUCACCCUGCGCCAGGUGCUGGCGGCCAAGGAGAGGCGCUGUGGAGAGCUGAGGAGGAGGCUGGGCCUCUCGGCGCUGGAGGGGCUCAGGCAGAACCUGUCGAAGAGCUGGCACGACGUGCAAGUGUCCAAUGCCUAUGUGAAAACUUCUGAGAAACUUGGAGAGUGGAAUGACAGAGUGACCCAGUCUGAUCUGUAUAAGAAAACUCAAGAGACGCUGUCGCAGGCGGGGCAGAAGACCUCGGCUGCCCUGUCCACUGUGGGCUCUGCCAUCAGCAAGAAGCUUGGGGACAUGAGCAGCAGCCACUCCAUCCGCCACUCAGUAAGCAUGCCGGUCAUGAGGAACUCCGCAACCUUUAAGUCGUUUGAAGACCGAGUCGGGACCAUCAAGUCCAAGGUUGUGGGUGGCAGAGAGCACAGCAACGACCCUAACCCUUCGUCCCCGGGAAGUGACGACCAGCCCCUGCCAGACCACAUGCCUUUCUGAGGCACCAAACACUGCAAGCACACCCUGGCCCUGGCUGCAGCUUGACAUGUGGCAGAACUGGCGGGACGACGGC